CAAACCUGCUCCCUCCCUCCCACCUUUUCCCGGCUGCGUUCAUUCCGUUGGAAGCAGCCUCGAUUCCCAAAUUCCCCACCACCACCUCCUCGUCUCUCUCUCCACGCCCUAAACCUCCAUGGCCGGCUACCCGCCGCACGGCUCCGGCUACCCCUACGGCCCGGGCGCCGGCGGAGGAGGCGGAGGCUACGGCUCCUCCCCGGCCGCCUCCGCCCCGCCCUACGGCGAGAAGCCCCCCAAGGAAGGCAAGACCUCCUCCUCCUCCUCCGCUCCCCCCUACUACGGCGCCCCGCCCUCCUCCCAGCCCUACGGCGGCGGCGGAUACGGGGCCCCGCCCGCCGGCCAGCAGUACGGCGCGCCCUACGGGGCCCCGCCGCCCUCCUCCACCCCCUACGGCGCGCCGCCGACGGCGUACGGGGGCGCGGGCGGGUACGGGAGCCCGUUCGCGUCGCUGGUGCCGUCCGCGUUCCAGCCCGGGACCGACCCCAACGUGGUGGCCUGCUUCCAGUCGGCGGACCGCGACGGAAGCGGGAUGAUCGAUGAUAAGGAGCUGCAGGCCGCGCUCUCAGGCUAUAACCAGAGCUUCAGCCUCCGCACCGUCCACCUCCUCAUGUACCUCUUCACCAACACCAACGUCCGCAAGAUCGGACCCAAGGAGUUUACUUCUGUAUUUUACAGUCUUCAGAAUUGGAGAGGAAUAUUUGAAAGGUUUGAUGGUGAUCGAAGUGGUAAGAUUGACUCAUCUGAACUGCGUGAUGCUCUUCUCAGUCUGGGAUAUUCUGUCUCGCCAACCGUGCUAGACCUGCUUGUGUCUAAAUUUGACAAGACCGGGGGCAAGAACAAAGCAAUUGAAUAUGAUAACUUCAUUGAAUGUUGCCUCACUGUUAAGGGACUGACUGAGAAGUUCAAGGAGAAGGACGCCGCAUUCUCCGGGUCUGCGACUUUUACUUACGAGGCAUUCAUGCUGACCGUGCUUCCUUUCCUCAUCGCCUAGUGGCAGUGUACUUCACAGUUCGGACUUCAGAUUGCGCCGGCUGUGUAAAAGCGGUUAUGUGCAGAGUUGUUUUUAGCUGAGCUCAAAUUCUGGAUUUGACUGGUGUUGCUGCGUUGCGAAUCAUAAAGUUGUACUUAGACAGAAAAUAAACAGGUGAAUGUGCUGCCUGGGAUGCCUGUGGGUGGGUACGGUUAGCCUCAGAAAAUGCUGCAUCUCAUAUAUAGCACUAAUGUGUUUGUUCAAGAACCCACUAGUUAUUUUUUGUGCCAUGCUUCUGCCA